CCGGGGCCCCGCCGUUAACCGCGAGAGAUCGCGAGAAGGGAACUUGGCAGAAUCGGCGGGGCGAUCGCCCAGAGGAUCGGCCUCCUCGUGCGCGACCGGCUCCACCACCACCACCACCAUCUACGCCGCUUACUGGCGGCCUGGUGAAAUGGAGGAGAAGUCCUCGGCUCGGUUCUCCGAGUACUUGUUCGCCAAGAUGGAUGGCCAGGACGUGUCGGCCUCUCAGGGUCCCCGUAAGGUGACCGCCGACACCAGAAAAUUCAUGCGGGAGAAUCUUCUUCUCAUAGUUACCCUUUCCGGUGUCCUCUUCGGCGUCGUACUCGGGUUCGGUUUACGACCCUUGGGCCUCGGCGAUGACGCAGUUAUGUUAAUCAGUUAUCCCGGAGAGCUCUUCAUGAGGUUGUUAAAGUUAAUGAUCUUACCACUGGUGAUUGCCAGCCUUAUAUCGGGCUCGGCGAGUUUGAACGCGAGGAUGAACGGGAUGAUCGCCGUCCGAACAUUGGUGUACUUUAUACUCUCCUCCUUGUUGAACGCUGUCCUCGGUGUUGUCCUGGUUCUGCUCAUUCAUCCGGGUAAUCCUGGAAUUAGGAAAUCGAUCGCGACCUCGCACAAUGGAAGAGCCGUGAACAUCUUGGACAGCCUUCUCGAUUUGGGAAGAAAUAUGUUUCCGGAUAAUAUAUUCCAAGCAGCUUUUCAGCAGGCCCACACGGUAUACGUUCCAAAAACGCCGCCCUUCCAGAACCUCACCUCGGUUUCGAUAUCCUCGGAUCCCGUAAUCGGCGACGAGGAACUGAUGAGAGUGACGCAGUACAGAAGCGGGACUAACACGCUGGGCAUAGUUUUCUUCUGCCUGGUGUUCGGCACGUUCUUGGGCACCCUCGGGGAGAAAGGCCAAAUCGUGAUCGACUUCUUCAAAGCUGUGUUCGAAGUCAUCAUGAGAAUGGUGUCUACGGUAAUGUGGAUGACACCUGUGGGCAUCACCUCCGUGAUAGCUGGGAAAAUAUUGGGCGUCGCCGACUUGGCGUUGGUGAUGUCGCAGCUCGCCUGGUUCAUCGUCACGAUCGUGAUCGGUGUGUUUUUCUAUCAGCUGGUGAUCAUGCAGCUGAUCUAUUUGGCCUUCGUGAGAAAGAACCCCUUUAAAUUCUACGCCGGCCUCGCCCAGGGUACACUCACCGCCUUCGCCAUGGCAUCAACGGCUGCCGCACUUCCCGUUACUUUCCGCCUGAUGACGGACAAACUUCGAGUCGAUCCUAGAGUGACCAGAUUCGUUCUGCCGAUCGGUUGCAAUAUUAACAUGGACGGGACGGCGUUGUUCGUGGCCGUGGCGAGCAUAUUCAUCGCCCAGAUGCACGGGAUCGCCUUGGGAUUCGGUGAAAUCAUAACUGUUAUCUUAACCUCGACCGCUGCGUCGGUGUCGUCGGCGUCGGUCCCAAGCGCGGCACUGGUCCUCCUCCUGGUCGUGUUGAGCGCCAUCAACGCACCCGUCUACAACGUCUCCCUUCUCUUCACCAUCGAUUGGUUCGUCCGUGGUCGAGCAGUUGUCGAAAAAGGAAUUGAUGGCGCUGGACGCGGCAGCCUAUCAAUCGGAAACCGUUUUGCCCACAACGAUCGCGAACGGAUGCAUUUCCGCAAACAGGGUACCUGAUCCCGACACCAUCGUCGUCGAGAUGCAAGACGACACGAGGAUAGCCGGCGUCGCCAAGUAAACAAGCUUGUUGGUAGGGCUAGGCUAUCACUUUGUAAGAUUCGCAACGAUCGCGAUACCAUUUCUCUUCCGUUUCUCUCUUUUAUUCGUCGCUUUUCUAUUUCCUGUGAAAAGAAAAGAUUAUUUAUUCGCGAAACGAUUCGAUAUAUAUAUACCAGGCCGUUCCUCACGGUACGUAGAAACGUUUCUUUCUCCAACCAUUUCACGCCAACCAUUUCACGCAUAACACGAGUUCAUCGUCCGAGAAUAAGAAAAAAGGGAAAGAAAUUCUUUCUGUUGGGAAGCGCAACAACAAUCCUUUUCGCAAUAUUAUCGACCUCUUCGAAUCAUCAGCGCGAUGGGGCUAUGCUUAUCGACCGGAUAAUACCUUGCUGUAUCGCGUUGCGUUCGAAUUAUCGAUCUGUCGUGGAGAGAGGAUCCAUCCAACUCACUCUCGUAUCGACGAAUUGUUCUCGAAUUGCACGACGAGAGAGAGAGAGAAGGAAUCGUCGUUGUAUCUUGCGCUCCAAUUCGAAAUGUCUCGGGGGAGAUAAAUAUAAAUAAGUUAAGUUAAAUAACUCGAAAUUAAUUAUUCGGGUAGAGAAGAAUAAAUUCUGUGCAUCGGUCAACCGCAACAUUUUUUUUCGAAACGUUCAUUCCUCCAUCAUGCGAUCAUCUUCCACACACGCAUACAUCACACACACGCGUACUCAUCACGAGCUCAUCACGCUUUGUUGAAAAAGUGCCGCUUCGAAUCGAGCGCGUUAGCUAGCACGCGGGGGCAUCAUCAUUUCGAUCUUGUUGUUUCGUUUCAGCAUCAGCGUGUUGCAGAUACCGAGGAGCGUGACGGAAGAGACAGUUUGACCUGUGGCUUCGCUACGAAAACAUAGUUUAGCUUUAAGUUACGCCAUCUAGAGAGAGAAAGAGAGAGAGAGAGAAUGCGUUCAUUGCGGGGAUCAAAAAGAAAAAGCGGCUACAAAGAGAAAAAGCAAAAAAAAAAAAAAAAAUGUCAUGUUUUUCUAUUUCUCUCACGAGUAGUGUCGUAAUGAAUUACGACACCACUGCUGUCUCAAAAACGAAUAUCAAAUAAGCAAAGUCAAUAUCUUGGAGGAGGUGCGCUACGCGAUUUAUCGUCGUUUAGUGCUAUGCGAGCAUAGCAAUAACUUUUGUAGUGGCUUCUUCGAGCGAGUUGAGAGGAGGAUUAAAAAAAAAAAAAGGAAAAAAAAGAAAAAAAAAACAUGUAUGUAUGUAUGUCGCGAGAUCAUCGAUUUUUGUUGCACUCUGAAAAUAUCGAACGAUCGCGUGAAUCCAGCGUCGGACGUGGUGCCUUAUUUUAACGUGGCAUGUGCCAUCCGAAAGUAGAAUUCGAUUUCCUUUUUUUUCGUUUUGUCGAGCGUAGGGCAACGUUUGCUCAUUGCCUGGUGGAAAAAAAAAAAAAAAAAAGAAGAAAAAAAUAUAUAUAUAUAUUUUUCGUGACCGAUCGUUGUACUGCCACAAAAUCUUUUUUACGAUGUGUGAGUCGAUGAUACGAAUUUUACGAAACGUUUAAUUAUUCGAGAAACCUUCUUCUUCUUCUUCUUCUUCUUCUUCUUCUUUUUUUCUUCGUUAUCGAACAGACAAUGAGCGAAAGGUUGCAUGGCGCCACGAUGACUUUAUGAUGACGCAUGAUCGAUGUCCCUUCUAUCAAUAUCCGAUCGAUCGUUGAUCGAAUUAUUUACGUGGAAGAAUAUGCGAAAAAAAAAAAAAGAAACAAACUGUUUUUUGCGUAGCGUUAGAAAUUCGUGAUAUCGAAUCGUCUAGCUAUGAGUAACAACACGAUAAUGUAAUAAUUUAUUAAUUAUACGUGUAUGCCGAUAAUGUCAGCGGUUUAAUACGGUUCGAUAAGAGAUAAUAACGUUCGUUAUGAACACUACCAAUGAUAAUACGUCGACCAAUAGCCGACGACAUUUUGAAGGAAAAAAAAGUAGAUUUCCUGUUUUUUUUUUUUUUUUUUUUUUUUUUCCCCUAGCUUUUAACGUACCGAAUUUCACUUGUGGACCAUGGACAAGUGUAGAUCGGUGCACAGAAAUCUCUCGGCUGUCGAUCGCUACGACGCGAUGUACGAUCGACCAUUUUUAAAAGAAUUCAAAGGAACAUUUUCCAAUCCCGAGAUAAGAUCUGACGAGGGUACCGCAUCUACGAUUUCUGCCUCUGUGUUUUCGAUUGAUCCUUAGGCCAAUUUGUAUUUCGAAGUUACUGUUUGCCGAACUUUGUAACACACAUCCGAGAAAAAAAAAAGAAAAAAAGAAAAAAAAAGAAAAGACGAUAUAGAAGCGCUCGUGAAAGAGCAGUUUUAAGACUGGACAUGCCAUUUGAAUUUACUUACGAUAUAUCGUUAUAGAAGAAUUCUGAAAAAGGGAUUCGCUAAUUUUUAGGCACUAGAAACGUAGGUCGAUACGUGUUCUCUCGUAGAGACUGUUUAAAUGUACAAAUUAACUGGAUAAAUAGUGUGCUUCGUAGUGAGCUUUUUCGUCGCUUGAAAGAACAACAAACGAUCGAAUGAUUUGUUUGUUUUUUUUUUUUUCUUUUUGAUCGAGAAAUAGUUGGAAUAAUUUUCGCGGCUUUUCUCGCUGUUUUUUCCGUUGAACGCGUUUCUUUUUCCUUGCUUAUUUCCGUUCUCGAAGGCGAUCGAAUGGUAUUUCCGUUGAACCGUUUCCAUUUUUUUUUCAAAGUUUGCGAUAACACGAAUUAUCACGCAUCAACGUUGAGUUUAUUAUUUACGAUCGAAUAGCGUGUAGCUAGAAUAGAGAGAGAGAGAGAGAGAGAGGAAGAGAGAAAGAGAGAGAGAGAGAGAGCGCUUUGCACUAAUAACCCGAAAAAGGGGGAGACAAAUAGAGAGAAA